AUGCGAUCCUUAUUAGGAGACAACACCAUGUCCGAAGUGGUGUUAAAGAAACUGUGGAUGGAUAAACUACAAACACAUACAACACAGAUACUCGCAUCACUCCCCGAUGAUUUACAGCUGGAGAAAAUAGCAGAAAUAGCAGACAAAAUACAUGACAACAACCAAGACAAAAAUACUACAUCUCGCCAUGGAGUGUAUCUGAUUUGUGACUGUGCCCAAUGCCUGUUCCUGUUAUUCCGGCCAUUCCUCAAAGAACAGUGUAAGAAAACCAACCUCCGUUCCAAAGUACAGAAACUUGGUAUUGUGAUAGGUUCUGUGUUUCUAUGUGGUUCUGGUGUCUAUCUGCAGGUUAUGCUAUUAAAUGAGAAUUUACCCUCCUUCAAUAAUAUAUCCAACAUGGACAGAGAAAGUGCCACUAAACAUUGGCAUCCUUCUAUACGUUUAGAUGAUCUGAAUACAGGACCAGUGAGAGCCAAGCCCAGAGGUGACAAAUUAGUGGCAUUUCUGCCUUGGCUGGUAUCCCAGAGUGCUGAUCACUGGAACUUGCUGCGACUGGCCCAGUCAGAGAGUCGCAUUGGUCGUAUUAUUGGCAUUGAUAAAUUGACCCGGGAGAUCUGGCAAGAUUACCAAUAUCGAGAAAUACGUCAGGCGGCAGACUACAGGACAUUUGUGGGAUUGGCUCGCUCUCAAAAUGUUGACAUGCGUUUCUUCCGGGAACCACCACAACUCUCAAACCCAAAGAAAGACCUAAUUGGAGGGCUGCAACAAUUGCUUUCCAGUUUACCUGUAGCUGAAGACCCCUGUAUUGGUUAUUUCACUUCAACUGGACUCCAAAAAAAUGAAUCUCGAGAUUUGGGGAGGCUUUUUUGGAACCUUGAAAAUACUGAUGCAGAUACUGAUCUCAAUAAAGAUAAUUCUGCCAAUUCUGAGUUAAAUAUAUUGGAGUGUCUCUUGGAAGCUUUGUUACGACAUUCAACGAUUGGCAAACAUUCUGUUCAGAUUGUGCAGUAUGGAGGACUGGUUCUGCUUCGUCGUGUUCUUGAUAAUUACCCAGACAACUACCAUUUACAUCAGUUAUGUGCCCGUAUUCUAGGCAAUCUGGCUCUUCGCCCUGAACUGCAUGAAGACAUUGUAAGGAGCGGAUGGGUUAGUAUCCUGGUCAAGUGGAUGCAGUCCGUUAACAUUGAUGUGUGCCUCAAUACCGCUCGUGCCUUAGCGAACAUGGAUAUUGACAGUUCCUCUGCCAUGUAUUAUGAUGGAGUCUAUGUGCUCCACCCUAUUUAUAGAUCACGGAAACCUAUCUACGCUGAUGUUGUUUUCGUUCAUGGUUUGUUGGGUGGACCAUUUAAAACCUGGAGGCAAGGGGGUUCAGAUGAUCGGUUACCUUCUGAAUUGAAUGAGCUCAUUGCACAAGGACAAUAUACACGAUGUUGGCCAAAAGAUUGGUUGUCUCAAGACUCUGAACAUUUGCGUAUUUUAACAGUUGAAUAUGACACUUACCUCAGCGAACUCUCUGCAACAUGUCCUUUUGAUAGAGAAAAGAGAUCUUUAUAUAUUCGAGCUAAAACCAUCCUUCAUAAACUCCGCAAAGCUGGUAUUGGUGAACGCCCUAUAAUAUUUGUUGGUCAUUCAAUGGGAGGGCUGCUCAUAAAACAAAUGUUGCUUUUAGAUGAAACAAUGGAGAAGAAAAUCCUUAAACAAACCAAAGGCAUCAUUUUCUAUAGCGUUCCUCACCGAGGCUCAACUCUUGCAUCGCUCUGGAGACAGGCUUGGUUCCUUCUUUAUCCAUCCAUUGAAGUCAAUGAGUUAGAUCCAGAUUCUUUGCUAUUACGAACACUGCACAAAAACUUCCAAGAGUUGAUCGUUGAAAGUGACAUUGAAUGCGUUAGCUUUGGAGAAUUGCAAAAAACCCCAUUAGGAAUGCGUCUUCAUGCACUUAUUGUUCCUCCACAUUCAAGUGAUCCUGGCUUUGGUGCCUUUUACACUAUUGAAGCCAAUCAUUUGACAAUAUGCAAGCCAAUGAACCAUCAGUCAAUGUUGUAUGCAGUAACAUUACAGUACAUCCAAGAUUGGGCAAACCAGACUUUGGUGGAGAGUGUCAUGAAGGCAGGGCUUGGUAUUGAGGAUCAAGUGGCUAAUUUGAUUUGA